GAAGCUAGGAGGGCGGAGGACUUGGAGAGGUGGGGACUGUGGGUUGGUGGCGAUCGGGAGUCUAGGCGACGGGGCGUGACGGGGCCGGAAGGUGGCGGGAGGGGGCCGGGCCGGAGCCGGCGGGAGGGCCAGGCCCGGUGGCCCCCACCCUGGCGUGCCCGCCCCGGCCGCGGCUGAGGAGGAAGAGGAGGAUGAUCUCCAGAUACACUCGGAAGGCGGUGCCCCAGAGUUUGGAGCUGAAAGGAAUAACAAAACAUGCUCUGAAUCAUCAUCCCCUUCCAGAGCAGCUGGAUGAAGUUUCCUCUGCCAAUGACAGCCAUGAAAAAGACACAAGUUCCCAAAGUGAGUCCAACAUCACACAAGAAUCACCUUUUACAUCAGCUGACACUGGGAAUUCAAGGUCUGCGUUUCCAAGUUAUACAGGCACAGGGAUCUCUACUGAAGGCAGCUCGGACUUCUCCUGGGGAUAUGGUGAACUUGAUCAAAAUGCCACUGAGAAAGUCCAGGCAAUGUUCACAGCCAUUGAUGAGCUCUUAUAUGAGCAGGAGUUGAGUGUACAUACUAAGGGUCUACAAGAAGAGUGCCAACAGUGGACAAGUAGUUUUCCUCACCUCAGGAUUCUGGGUAGGCAAAUAAUCACUCCAAGUGAAGGUUAUGGACUGUAUCCUAGAUCCCCUUCUGCUGUUUCAGCUUCACAUGAGGCAACACUGUCUCAAGGAAGAGAUUCUACUAUAUUUGGUAUUAAGGGAAAGAAGUUACAUUUUUCAUCUUCUUAUGCUCAUAAAGCAUCUUCCAUUGCCAAAUCCCCUGGCUUGUGUUCUAUGGAAAGAGGAGAGGAAGACUAUGUAAUCUUCUCUGAAGGAAUAAUAGAGGAAUACCUAGCAUUCGACCACACAGAUAUGGAAGAGGGGUUUCAUGGAAAGAAAUCAGAAGCAGCUACAGAGAAACAGAAAUUAGGGUACCCUCCCAUUGCUCCAUUUUACUGCAUGAAAGAAGAUGUCCUUGCUUAUGUGUUUGACGACGUGUGGAGCAAGGUUCUGAGCUGUAUGGAGCAGUUGACACGUAGUCACUGGGAGGGAUUUGCUUCUGAUGAUGAAAGUAAUGUUGCAAUCACCAGACCGGCUUCAGAAAGCCCCUGUGUGCUGAGUGAACCACAGCCUUUGGUCUUACCUCGAGUGCCACAGUCUAAGGUGCUGUCCAUCACUUCAAAUCUGAUGAGUCUCUGUCAAGCAGCAAGUGGUCAUCAGCCAAAUGUGAAUGGUCUCUUGGUUCAUGGGAUGCCUCUACAGCCAAGAAAUCUCUCCCUAAUGGACAAGCUCCUAGAUCUUGAUGACAAGCUACUAAUGAGGCCUGGGUCCAGUACCAUCCUUUCAAUCCGAAAUUGGCCAAAUCGAGCCCUGGAGCUUAGUACAUCAUCUCUGUCAUAUACAGUGCAGUCUGCCAGGAGACGCAUCCCCCCACCACGUACCCUUCAUCCCAUCAGCACAAGCCAUUCACGCGCUGGAACACCAAGACCUGUGGAAGAAAUCCUCAGAGGAUCCCGAGUCCCAGCGGCAGCUGACUCGCUCUCCUCUCCCUCACCAAUGCUUCUGAGUCGAAAUAAUCUGCUGCCACCUAUUGGCACAGCUGAAGUGGAACACUUGAGCACUAUGGGGCCACAAACGCAAACGAAAACCCACGGCGAUUCCAGUCGAGCUCGAAGCGCAGUGGUGGAUGAACCUAACCAUCAGCAGCCCCAGGAGAGGUUCCUUUUACCUGACUUUUUCUCCAGGCCCAACACAACGCAGUCAUUUUUGGGAGAUAGACAGUGCUGUCAAAAAGCUGAGCUAUUCAUCAAACAGAUGUCAUUCCUAAAGCUUUCUCUUGAGAUGUUCAAUGCCAUAGGCAGAUAGAGAUGGAAAGGGUAACUAAAGACAUAAAUGUUGAGCACUGGUGUAAAGUAACUUAUGUAAUAAAUCAUACUGCAUAUUUUUUUCAGAUAGGACAGCUCAACCUCACAGUGCCUGCUUGAUAUCAGGUCAUGCUUCUUUUCUUCUUAAAGUACUUUAGUGGUCAUUUUUUUUUUCUUUCAAAAUAUUAACCUCACUUUGCCAGAUUUUCUCCGAUAGCUCUAAGAAAGUCAAUUAAAAAAUAUAUAGACUUCCUACUAGUGAGUCAGCAAAAUGCAAUUCCUUUCAAUUUCAGCAACUUUGGCAAUUAGUCCAGUAUAAACAUAUCCUGAGAGCAGAAGUAGAGAACUUUGGCAUUCUUCUGAUUUUACCAUGGACCUUUUCCUGAGCACACUCAUGAAUGCAGCAAUGGUUUUAACUAUGGCUUAAAUUUAUUUUAUUUCAAUUUCCUUGAACUUUAAUUUUGAUGAUUAUACCGGUUUUAGAUUUUAGUGUUAAUUUUCAGAGUAGAUAAAUUCAAAUGAUCAUAAAUUGGGGCAAUUUUUUUAUUAUAUCAUAGUGUUCUAAUGGUAUCAUAUGAAAACAGAUGCUUCAAACAAUCUGCAUUAAAUGAUAUUUUUAAUACAAUUAAAGAGAGUAUUUUUUAACCUGUUUGUAAUCACAAACAAAAAACGUGCCAUGUACUUACCUUAGAUAAAUUAUGAUACAUAAAACUCAGUAACAGAAAGCUUGUUUUAUGCAUAUGGUAUUAAAUAUAUUAGCCUACAAAUCAGAGAUUUUAAGUUGAACAAUCCCUUAAAAAUUUGCUUAUAUUCUAAUGAAUACAUACCAAUUCAACUAAGUAUAAGUGAAAAUCUCGGUACUAGUCUCACAGAUCAAUACUGUGAGUGCAUGAUAACAAACCAUUGGAUCAAAUGGCUUGCCUUUCAAAGUUCGAGUUAAGAGUCAGAAGGGGCCUCUAAGAAGACAUUUAGCCCAAGUCCCUCACCCUUUUAUAAACAAAUUCAGACAAGCUAGUGACCUG